AAAUAGAUUCAUUUACUGUGUGAAGCGCGACCGUAGUAACUGAUAGAAUAUCAACCAUCAGGAUUAAGAGAGGUGGCGAAGAAAAGACAAGACUGGAUUAUGUUGACUUUUAACCGUCCGGAUUAUGGAAUCAGAAACUCCCGCGUUCCUCCUCGUUCUAUUCCCGUCCCCCGUAAGAGGUUUACUCGUACUUGUAAAUACAAACAAAGCUUUUCCACCAGUGUAGCAGAUUUCCUCGAGUCUCCAGACAUUUCCCAGCUCAACGGUGUGCUUGAUCCUUUUUCCAUCCACCCGCCGUAAUCGGAUUAAAAAGGAAAGAGGAGAGAACCCUGCGUCUCGUGUCUUUCGCCCCCGAGCAGGACCUGGGUGGGGAAACCUCAUCAGGUGUCUCUUGGUCUGUCGUCCCACAAAGAAGAUGUGCGUGGCCGUGAGCGGCCGGAGGAAUGGCACCGGGGCUGGAGAGGCAUCGCUGUUGUCGCCACAGCAACCCCUUCAUCUUGCUCUAUGACUGACGACUGUGUGAAGACUGACGUGCAGCAGCUCCUCGUUGUCCUCGGGCCUCAGGGGCGUGAUGUCAGGACACUGGCUUCGGACGCAGAUAUGCUGCUGCUGCGGACCAGCGCCUUGCUCGCUCUGCUGUGCCUUCUGUCCGCCGGUCAAGUCCUCCAGCAGCACGCGGGUCAUGUACACCCUCUUCCACAUCAUGAGCUGCGCCGUCUCCUGCCUCAUGCUGUCCCGCACCAUCUCCGAGCUCGUCAGGGAAAAUGUGCCUUUCUUCAACAUGGUGUGUGACCAGGCGCACGGCGGCGGCCACUGUGAGAUGCUGGUGGGCUACUCGGCGGUCUACAGGGUCUGCUUUGGCACUUCCUGCUUCUACCUGAUGAUGGCGAUCUUCCUCAUAGACGUGAAGUCCAGCCAGGACUUCCGGGCACUGAUACACAACGGCUUCUGGUUCCUGAAGCUCAUCACUCUGCUCGGGAUGUGCACCGCCGCCUUCUUCAUCCCCACAGAGUCCUUCCUGCACGCUUGGCAUUACGUUGGAGUGGUGGGAGGAUUCGCCUUCAUCCUCAUCCAGCUCAUCCUCAUCACAGCUUUCGCACACACCUGGAACAAGAACUGGUUGACGGGCGCGGCGGAGAACAAGCGCUGGUACCUGGCGGUGAUGUGCGCCACCCUCUUCUUCUACACCAUCGCCACCAUGGCCUUCACCUUCAUGUACAAGUACUACACGCACCCCAUCGCCUGCCACUUCAACAAGGCCCUGCUGUGGAUCAACCUGGGCCUGUGCGGCCUCAUGUCCUUCAUCGCCGUCACGCCGUGCGUGAAGCAGAAGCAGCCCCGGUCCGGACUCCUUCAGGCCUCCAUCAUCAGCUGCUACGUCAUGUACCUCACGUUCUCCGCCCUGUCCAGCCGCCCGCCGGAGAAAGUGGUGUACCAGGGCAUGAACAUGACCGUCUGUUACCCCAGCGUGGGACAAGACGGCAUCCAGAACGAGGGCAACGCCGUCGCCAUCAUCGGAGCCGCCAUCAUGUACUGCUGCGUCCUCUUCGCAUGUAAUGAAGCGUCCUACCUGGCCGAGGUGUUCGGUCCGUUCUGGAUGAUCAAGGUUUACCGCUACGAGUUCCAGAAGGCGACCUGCUGCUUCUGCUGCCCCGAGGAGGAGGAAGCUGAGGAGGAGUUUGUGAUCGACGACGAGAACAAAGGCUGUCAGAAGGUCAUUCACAACGAGACCCAGCGAGUGGCCUACAGCUACUUCUUCUUCCAUUUUGUUUUCUUCCUGGCCUCGCUGUACGUGAUGAUGACCCUCACCAACUGGUUCAGCUACGAGUCGGCGGUGCUGGAGACCACCUUCACCCACGGCAGCUGGUCGACCUUCUGGGUGAAGAUGUCGUCGUGCUGGGCCUGCGUCAUCCUCUACCUGUGGCUGCUGCUGGGCCCGCUGUGCAGCUGUCAGCCCGAAUCCAGGCCCCGCCGCUCGCGCAUCAAACGCCGCUCGGCCUCCUCCCGCCACGUCACCGUCAGCGUCUGACCUGGGCCUCGGCGACAGGCAGGGAGGGGAGAGGGCCGCCACGCGGGGCCUGGGACGCGGGGCGAGGGGGUCAGAUGACCCGGAGCCUCUUGAACUUUGCAGGGAACGGAGGUCACGUGGGUCAGCGGGGUCCAGAGACUCGCGGCGCCGCGAGGAGGGACGAAUCGGAAGGCUCCGUGCCCUGUUGCUACGUGAAGUCACAGGCGCCGACAACAUGAACGCAAACCUCUGACGAGGACUCGAUCGUGGUUGUGGAAAACACACUUAACAGAAUCUAUUGCCAAAGGGAUUUGACGGAGUGACGUGUCACUCGCUCUCUAACGUGGGACUGACAGUACGUCGGGGUACAGAUGGAGGAACUUGUGGAUUUAUACGGUAUCAUUUUAGUUUUUAUCUCCAUUCAUAGUUUUUGGCAGCAUGUAGACUUUUAACAUUGUAACGGGAGGAGGAGUUUCUAGAUAUUUGUUGCUGCAGAGUCACGUCACAAUUAUUUGAUUUAUUGUUCUUUCUGUAAAAAAGGAAAAGCCCGUCGGGCCGUUGUGAUCAUGAACAAAUCUUUCUCACCGUUUGAACAAAGAACCAAAUAAGUUCAAUCAUAACGAGCCGGUCCUUACACGCACACACACACACACACACACACACACACCCCUCAGUAGAUUACAAGCGCCUGAACUGUUUGCGUUGCAUCAACAAAUCAGAGAAACGGAUCUAAAUAUUUAUGCAGAUCAUUGGGUCUCUCUCCACGUGCAAGUUUUCUUUCCGACCAAAAGCUACAACAGAUGUCGUUGCCGCGAUUUAACGUGUGAAGUCAGUUUGUGUGUGGUGUUUUGGUGGGAAGUGGAACUUUGGCUCAUCUCCAUUUGAAGCGCUUGUUUUUUUUUUAAAAACUACAACAUCAUUUUUCAAAAGUGCUUAUCCUGCAAAACCCAGAGUUUGUCGAUUUUCUUUUAACUUUUUACGUUAAAGUUAAAGCUCCAUAAUCAAUGCACAGAAAUGUCGACCGUCGACUGAGGACUAGAUCCAGUGUCAUAAUGAACGUGGGUAAAUCACAGUGUAAUAGUUACAGAGAAUAGCGGCAUGACAUUUAUUUCUCUUAGCGCUGACGGUUACAAAAGUUACACACAGAAUCAAUUCAUUUGCAUCUCUUUUAAUAACUUUGGGAACUCGUCCACGAAGAUGUAAUGAUAAUACUCAAAUGCGUAUUAGUCUGGGACUUUUUUCCAAGAGGGGUUACCGACGGACGCAAAACGAAUCAUGUGACGUCGACAGACCAGAGCAGAAAGGAGACGUCUGUGACAAUGAUUCCACAAUGUCUGUGAACCAGUGUCAACGUUUUUUUGUGGGUGAAAUUUGGAAACAUCUGGUACUUUUUAGUCAAAUUCUCGUUCGUCAGCGGCAGCCAUCUUGGUGUAAACCCCGCCCAUUAUCAUAUAAUCGGUUGUGAUUGGACCGGCAAGAUUUCCGCCGGAGGGAAAUUCACUUCCUGGUUACCAGGCCUUCCAUGAAGCAGCUUUCAGGACCGGUUCUCAACUCCAGCUCAAAGCUCACGAACAGAUUCUACUCGCAUCAUUCUCACCAAACGGAUUAUUUGAAAUUGCUCGAGGUGCGACGGAGCGACUGGGAGGCAGCUAAACUUCAAAUGUUGACAUCUCAAAACGUGAGAGAUGUGUUUUAAAUGUUUAAUUGGGCAAAAAAUAUAUAUAUUUAGUUUUUACUUACUGUACAAUGAGGAACAAGUAUGUUGCUUUUACACGACAAUAUUCACGUCGAAAUUUAGUCAUAACGUCUUGUGUGAAUUGUGAUUUUUUUUUACAUAAUUUUACAUUUUUCAAAUUUUUUUUCAUUUGUUACUCGAUUUGAAACCACGAGUGCUACGGGGAAGAAGAAAAAAAUCAGAAUUCCAGAGGGGAUGGAAGCUUUUCUGUCUCAUGCCUUCAGGUGAAGACGUCACGUCUACAGGACGCUGAAGUGAAUCUAAGAUGGCCGCCCCCUCCCCUCCCAAACAGGCCAUGUUGACGUCGGUGGUAUACGUACGUAGAAACCAGGGAACGUUUUCUUUUUUUACAACAUUCAUUUUCUUUUCCUACCAGAAAGGAAACUGAGCUGAAAGUCUGUGACGACUUCACAGUUAAUGAGCGGC